CGGAGUCUCUUUUUCUUCAAUCCUAUAUAAAUACUCCUCCUCCCUGUCGCUUCAGUUCUUAAAACACACACACUCUCUAGAAUUACAAGUCUCUCUCUAUAAUUACUUGUGAAUCUGUGAUCGUUAGGUUUCUCUCUCUAAAAUCCUGUUUUCAGUGUUUGAAGAGAGAGGAAAGCGACGAGAAUGGCUUACUCGAGAGUGGUGUUUGCUGUGAUUUUUGCUCUGGUGGUUGGAUCUGCUCUCGCUCAGGCUCCGGCGGCUACGCCGACCGUUUCGCCGACUGCUUCUCCGACUAAGUCGCCGGUGGCGGCUCCCGCUCCCGUCGUGGCGCCACCGACCUCCGCGCCAACAACCUCACCGCCGACCUCCGCGCCAACAACCUCACCGCCGACCUCAACUCCUGUUACUUCUCCGCCAGCUCCUCCGUCUCCCGCAUCGUCUCCCGCCGCCAAUUCUCCAUCGAUCUCUACUACUCCCAGCGAAUCUCCGUCGUCGACUCCGAAUUCCGCCGGUCUGAUAAGAGCUGCCUUCGGCGGAUCUGUAUCUGCACUCGUGUUCGCUUCGGCGGUGUUGCUUUAGAUCUGAUCUGGAUGUUUUAUACUUUGCAGUAGUGGAUGAUUUUAGGGUUUAUGUAGUGGUUUUAUUUUAUUUAUUUUUUAUUUUUUAUUUUCUUUUGUAGUAGACGUUGAUGAUGGCGAUUAUAUGGUCUGAUUUACUGUUGAUUUUGAGAUCUUAUUCUGUUACUGUUAAUUAUUUUAUGGAUUCAAUUUUGUGAUA